UUCCUUUGGUUUAAGUUGGUUAUCUAUGGUCAUGUAUAUAUCUGUGUUAUAUUAUCUGUGAUCGUUCCUGUCACUAGGUUAAAUAAGUAUGACGAAUGGAGCGGAUUAUGUAGGUGGUGGUAAUGUGGGAAGUAGUAGACAUGAAUUUGAUAUCGUUAUUGGAAGAAAGCAGGGCAGAUCCAACGUUAGUGACAAUAGAAGCAACUGUGGUUACCGGUCUGGAACCAGUAGCCGUGGAAGAAUGCCCAGAAAGAAAAGAUUAGUAAAGCAGUAAAUAUAGCCCUUGCACGUGGAAGGGUGUUCUUUAAUGUACCCUUUCAUAAAAUGAAUAUUGUUGAAGAAUUGCGGUCUGUUGAUAACCUGUAUGUUGUGAUGAAAAUGGUUCCCAGUCUUCACCUAUCUUGCAUUGAUUUUGAUCAUGACAUUAAUAUCUUACAAAGACAGCUGGAACAUGGUGAUAUAAAGAAAUCCCUUGCAUUAUGGUGCGAGAGAAAUAAAUUCCAGGGCAUCGUGUAUCCAACUGAAGAUGUGUAUAAGGUGGCUAAAUGUGAUGAACUUGAAAUUAAAAGAUUAUCUAAAGCAAUGGCUGAAACUCAAAUUGGACACAAAAAAUACCAUACUGUUGAAAUUUGUGAUGAAAGUUAUGAAAAUGAAACAUGUUCAGUAGUAACUGAUAAUAAAGAUGAAAGAUCAAGGUUUAAUGUUGCUGUACUGGAAGCAUACCAUGAAACUGAUUCAAGAAAACCAGAAGAAAAAGUACUGAAAUUCCGUGUGACUUGCAUUCGCAAUGGAAAACACUGUUUUGGCUCCCAAGAUGCAGCAUACCAUGUAGGGGGAAGAAUUCAAGACAUGUUUCAUUGGAUUGUUGAUCUUAAUUUAUAUGACCUUGAAAUUGUGAUGAACAUAAGAGAAGAUUCAAUGUAUUAUGGGAUUGCGUUGACAAAAGAAUCAAAGCAUCAUCGAAACAUAAACUUCUUUGGUCCUACAACUCUGCGAGCUACCAUCUGUUACAACUUGUUACGUCUUGCCCAGCCGAAAGUUGGUGAUAUCAUCAUUGAUCCUAUGUGUGGUGGUGGAUCCAUCCCCAUUGAGGGAUCAUUAGCCUUUCAAAAUUCUUACUUUAUCUGUGGUGAUAUACAUGAAAAGGCUGUCAACCGUACACAGUCCAACUUAAAUCAUCUUAAUUGUGAUGUUCAGAGAAAUCACGUGGAUGUUUUUCACUGUGAUGCUACCCGUCUUCUUCUCCAAGAUUCGUCAGUGGAUAUUUUUAUAACAGACCUGCCAUUUGGGAAACGGAGUGGGACUGUGUUCGACAAUCGAAUACUGUAUAAGAAGGUGCUUUUGGAACUCGCGAGAGUUGUUCGUUGUAAAACUGGGCGAGCCAUCCUUCUAACAUAUGAUAGAAAGAGCAUGACCAUGGCACUCAUAUUUGCUGCUGGUCUUUGGAAACUUGCAAAGAAACUGAAGAUAAACAUAGGUGGCUUAGAAGCGGGUGUGUAUGUUUUGUGGCGUCUCAAAGCCUCUGCAGCAACAUUCAUGCCACGAGCUCCGAAGAAGAGACAUCGCAAGCAAAUCCUUGGGCAUGGACCCCUGAAUGUUUUGGAUGAAAAGGCAGGAGAAACAUAGAAGCAAGACCAUUAAAUGGAUACAUGUUUUAUGAUUCCAUUUUGGCUUCAGAUAGCGAUGGAAAAAGGAAUAUUGGAAAACUAUCAAUAUGACACUGUGAUCCCUGAGGGUGAAACAGAUCAUAGUUGUCGGACUUGGCCCAGUUCUAGGGCCCAGGGUUUUACUGGUGCUAAUGAUAACAUUGACAUUAAUCACAACAAUAAUAUUGUUACUUUUGUUGCUAUGGCUUCUGAAGUAGCAGAAGAUGAUGCUGUCCCAAGGACAAGUAUUGUUACGGCGAUGGUAAUUUAAAUAUUUCAUGGAAGGUGAGUAAUCACAUCUCAUGUAGGAUUUGAGGUUUUCACGGCGGUGAGUCUGAAGAUGGCUGUCUUCUGGGUUGUUGCGCUGUGUAGUCUGGUAGAAGUUUAUCGACAUUUCAUAGGUCCUUGCUGCCUCCAUCUUCAUUGCCCUGAUGACCAGACUACACUGCGCAACAACCCAGAAGACAGCCAUCUUCAAACACAGCCCAGCCUGCGAGUCCAUGGAAGGUGGAGCUUACCUGAUUGUCCUGAAAAUCCUUAUCUGCCAAUAAAUUACAUUUUAAAAUUUUAUUUAUGAAUCAUUUCUGGCGAACAUAAGGGACCAAGCUAAUUUCUUUCUGUACAAUUUGAUCCUUCUAAACCUAUGUAAGUAGAACUGAAAUUAAGAUGGCUGCCUUCUGGGUUGCAGCGCCAUGUAGUCUGAUUGAAGUUCACCAUUGUUUCAGAGAUACUUGCUGCCUCCAUCAUUAUGGUGAUGACUUCAUGAUGGAGGUGGUAAGGACCUCUGAAAUGGUAUACAGACCCUAAUAUUAACCAUCCUUGUUUAUUCUUCUUUUGUUAUAUCCAAUUUGCUGCCACCUGCCUGUAAAUCUCUUAAGUAUGGCGUGCCCCAAUAGUCACCCUCUAAUGAAUAUAUUAUUGCUGCUGUAGUAAAUUUAAUCUUAUAUGUGUCAUGCCUGUACAUACUCCAGAAUGGAUUAGCGUUUAUCAUCCGUGUACCACACUGUAAGUUUAUUCCAGGGUAACAUGUGGCGCUAGCGUACCAUUAAAGUAGUCCUUUAUAUUCAGCCAUUUCUUAGCAAAUAUGACACUGCAGUUCUAUUUACUUUUGUAUAAAGUAUUCCAUUUUUGUUUCAUCUUUGAUUUCUCUUAAUUAUCAGUCCUGUGAAGGUUAUUGAUACCGAGAAAUUGUCAUGUCACACGGUCAUGACAUAGUCAUACAUUCAAGGUCUUGUCAAGAGUAUCUGAUUGUAAACCAAAAUGAAUAUAAAAAAGUACAGAAGUACGUAACAUUUCAUGUUAUGUUGGCGAUGACGAAUGAGUUGUGGAUAUAUGGGAGGGGGGGUGAGAAAUUUAUCAGAAUAGAAUAUGUUUUUGGUUAUUAUGCAUACCUGUCCUUUGUAAUGCCAUAAAUUAAAAUCUUGUAAUAUUUUUAUAGUAAAUCUUGAUUUCCAGGUUGUUACUUAAGUUAUUUUGGUAAAGGUCUCGUGUUUGUGCUGAAUAAGACAGUGACCAAUUACGGCCGUCAGGGGGUGAUCAGCGUUGAAUGCAUCACGCAGAGACCAAGGUUACACGAUGGACUCCAGCCGCGAAAUCUCAAGGACACGAAGACCUUGACAAUUUUGUAGUGAUUCCCAAUUUUCAUUUUUUAGAAGCUAGUAUAUUCAUUUAUAACAGUAGGGUCAUGAGUCUGGUUUGUUUCCACCUUUUUUCCCAACCGGUUUUAUGUUAUUGAUCACAAUGAGUUUUGUAUUGUCAGAUGUACCUUUUAUUACAAGUUGGGUCCAUUGCAGUACUCACAGAUGCAAUCUAUAUCAUUUUAUAUUGACAGUGAGGAAAUCUGAAGUACACAUUAUCUUGGUAUAAAAUUUUAUGUAGAAUGGAUAAGUAGGACCUAAACAUUACAAUCACAUAACACUUUUUCCGAGGGAGAUAUCGCGGACAGGGAGAAAGAAAAUGUACACAGGACACUAAAUGCGGAAAUAUUCCUAUAUUUCGAAAUCCUUUGGGGAAGUGAAGUUAUAGUGUAAAUUCAAAUCAAAAUAUUAAGGUCUCUUUUAUGAAAUGUGAAAGAUAUUGCCUGUCGCAUCUCACUACAUUUAAUUAAACGUUGUACACAUUGUGA